AUGGAAUGCCAAAAGUAUCUAAAAGUGGAAGUUCUUUCAGAGGAAGAAGCUUGGAAUCUAUUUAUGAACAAACUUAGUUAUGGCAUACGACUUCCACCCAAAGUGGAAGAGAUAGCAAGAGAAGUGGUAAAGAAGUGUGCUGGUUUGCCUCUUGCAAUUAUCACCAUAGCUGGAAGCUUGAGGGGUGUGAUUGAUAUUCAUGAGUGGAGGGAUGCCCUCGAGGAACUAAAAGAAUCUUCUGUUGGACAAACCGACAUGGAAAAUGAAGUGUUACCAAUACUCUUGUGUAGUUUUAAUCGAUUGAGAAAUCCAAAAUUACAACGUUGUUUUUUGCAUUCCUCCUUGUACCCCGAAGAUUACCACAUUCACAGAAACGAAUUGAUAACAAGAUUUAUUUCAGAGGAUUUGAUGGAAAGAAGAAGAAGCAGGCAAGCAGACUUUGACCAAGGUCACUCCAUACUGAAUAAAUUGGAGAAUGUUUGCUUACUUGAAAGAAGUACGAGUUACCAUGGAAAUGAACACGUGAAGAUGCAUGAUUUAGUUAGAGACAUGGCUUUAAGGAUCGCUAAAGAUAAGCCUAGGUAUAUGGUAAAAGCUGGACUUCAGUUGAAGAAAAUACCAGAGGCACAAGAAUGGAGGGAAGAUUUGGAUAAGAUUUCCUUGAUGCAUAAUAAUAUAGCUGAAAUUUCGAGUGGCACAUCACCCAAGUGUCCUAGACUUUCAACGUUGCUUUUGUGCUUCAAUCCUUUGAAGUCAAUUCCAGAUUCGUUCUUUGAGCAAAUGCGUAGCCUACAUGUUCUCGAUUUGUGUUACACGAAUAUUGAGUAUUUGCCAAGUUCCAUAUCGGACUUGAGGGAACUUAAUGCAUUAUUGCUCAGAUAUUGUUUUAAACUCAUGUUGGUACCACCACUGGGAAACCUCAAGGCACUAAGAGAUCUGGACAUCAGUAAGACUGGUGUUAAGGAAAUACCUCAAGGCAUGGAAAGCUUGACCAAUCUCAAACGCUUAGACACAUUUGACUCAUGUAUAGAAACUAUUCCAUCAGGGAUGUUACAUGGACUCUCAAAUCUUCAACGCCUCACACUGCCUAAAUCUAUAAUAGUACCAAUAGAAGAAGUUGAGGGAUUGAAACAACUGGAAGAAUUUCAAGGCAAAUUCAGCAGCAUGUGUGAUUUCAACAGAUUUAUCAACUCUCAACUAAGUGACGGGCGGCUCAGUUUCUAUGAUAUUCAGAUAGGUGAUGGAAGAUGUAAUAGAUGUUACUACCCUGAAAGAUUAGCUUGUAAAUUGGUAGCUUUUGGAAAAGACAGUCUUAAGAAAGGGCAAAGCUUAUGCCGAGAUGAAAUUAUGGUUCCACAAGAUAUUGAGGAACUAUUCUUUCAACAAUGUGGCCUGAGUAGAUGUUUAUUGGAUGAUUUACAAAAAUUGAAUAAUCCUCUAGAAUUGAAGCGGUGCCAUGUUGAAAAAGAGGACGGAACAGAGUGCAUUGUGAGAUUGUCACCUCUGAAGGAGCUGAUGGAAGAAGUAGAACAUUCUCUUAAGAUCCCAUUCCAAAGCCUUCAAAUUUUGCGUCUUCUGAACUUGCCAAAUUUUAUUUGUCUUGUAAAGAGCGAAGGAGUAGCAGCGCCACCUCUUCCACAUGGUGCAUUUUCCCAGCUUCAAAAGUUGGAGAUUCUGAAUUGUGGGAAAAUGAAGAAACUUCUUCCUCGGAGUUUGGUAAAUAUCCUCCAUAACCUCCGUGUGUUGAAAGUUGAAUCAUGUGUAGAAAUGGAGGAGAUAAUAGGAGAUAAUGAUGAGGGCAGCCUAGUUUCGAACGGUAGUGCUGAUGUUACCCUGCCAAGAUUAAAGAGUUUGAUUUUCCAGAGUAUGCCAAAAUUAAAAAGCAUAUGCAGGGGAACCGUAAUUUGUGAUUCCAUUGAGUACAUUGGAUUGUUUUUGACAAACAGCUUAAAGAAGAUGCCUUUGUUUCUGCCACCUCUUGAUGGACAACCAUCUCAUCCCCCCUUUCUCAAAAGUAUACAUAUAUUCAAAGAAGAGAGAGAAUGGUGGGAAUCAUUGGAGUGGGACCAUCCCAACGCCAAAAUUGUCCUUCAACCCUUCGUUGAAUAUUUGUAUCCAGAGCUUGCCCCUGCCAAGUGA